GUAGUUUCCAUACUACCCUUUAAGCCCCCCAAAAACACAUCUUUCAUUUGAAUGAUAUGGAGGACGAGAGUUCUUACAACUGGAAAAUAAUCUAAUGGAAGGGUCAUCCUCUUCUCGAAAUCAUGGAGCUUCUAAUCACUCUUCAGAUAAAGAGACAGACUCUAAAUCGGUUGAAAAGUUAGCAGCGCAAAACUUUAUGGAUGAUUCAUUAAUGGAGAAUAACCGCGAUGCUCCUCUGGAGGAAAUUAACAAUUAUCCCCAAGAAAUGCAACUAAUGCAAUUAUCUGCGGUAUUGACACAAAUGGUCAAGGAAUCAGCCUCGCAGUUGAAGAGUACAAGUGAAAUCCUUAGUCCCGACCCGAUAUCAUCAUACAGGAUUCCCGAUCAAGACACGAAUAUGAUCAUUGCAUCAGACAUGAUUUCAGAUCAAGAUGUUGAUGGGAUAAGUCAAACCCCAAGAUCUUCAUAUACGAGUCCAAGUCAAGACACAAGUAUGAUGAGUCAAACCUUACUAUCAUUGGACAAAAGUUCAAGCCAUGGUACUAGGAUGACGAAUCCAAAUCCAAUAUCAUCGUACAAAACUUCAGAUCAAGAUCUACUGCCACAACCACCGCAUCAGAGAAAGAAAAAAAUGCCAACCCAAUUGAUGGGGGAAAUUUGUACCUCCUUUGAACUUCCUGAUGGUUUUGAUAUUAAUUUGGAUGAGCUAACAGUGAUUGCUUCCCAUGGUAGUAGAAGGAUAUCACAAUUUUCCUUUUUUGAGAGAUUAGCAGGAUGGAAAAUUGAGUGCAAAGUGCGCACUAACGGUAAAUCUGAUCUGUACUAUACUCACGAGAUGUCCAAGAAGACAUUUCGAUCGGUCAAGGAGGUAGUCAAUUUCAUGAUGUUUGAAGCUUAUCCUAAAGGACAAUACUUGAAUGAUCUCCCUCAGCUUGGACUAGAAUCCCAUACUAAGGCGGGAGAAUCAUCACAAUGUAAAAAACUGAAAAGCAGCAUUUCCCUCAAGCAAGAUGAAGAACCGCCUCAAGGAGAUCCUGUGAAGUUCCUAGAAGAGUCAUAUAAUAAUCUCCUCAACUAUUUCAAGAAAGUGCAAUACUAAAUAUUGAGUUAAGUACGCACGCGUGGCCUCUUCAAGCUACUACAGCAGUUGGAUGCAUAUAUGCCUUUUUUCCAUUUUAGUGUUAUUGUAGAACUAUUAAUAAACUAAUGAACUUGACUUGGUUUGUUUAAAGACUCUCAUCUUUCACCUAAGUAGAAAUUCAUAAAUGUAAAACAGAUUAGAAGGAUUCCAUAUAGAUGUUGCAUUUGCUACUCAUUUCAUGUGCGCUAAUUUUCAAUACAUGGUUCUUUUAAAUUC